CUUCAAAGCCUGAUUUUCUUCUUUAAUGAUAUUUUAAAUUUCUGUGCACUUCUAUAGUUAUCAAUACCCCAAAGUCUCUCACUCCAAUUUUUCAAGCCGCGUUCCCUUCCUCACGAAAUGGACUCCUCACAAGUCCCUCUUCCUAACCGGCCUGCGUCUCCAAAGCGCGGGCUCUCUACAAUCGUGCUUGUUGCAAUAACUCUACUCCUGGGGAUGCCAUUCGCAAUCGUCACUAUCGUACUCCAGAACCCGAAAAUGCCAAAUAUCGUUCUCGGGACGAAAACCAUUGACGCUGGCCCGAGUGGCACUAAAACCGUUAAGAUUGGUCUUCUCACCGGCCCCAAUGACGCAAAUCUUGCCGGCGCUUACAUUGCAAUUGGUGCGACUGCCAUUACGACUUUAGCACUGUGGCGAUUCCGCGGCAGCAGCCGAGACCUCUAUCUGAAGAUCUGGGGCUGGUCCUUGUUGGGCACCGGACUUGCAAAUCUUGUCGGCCAAUUUGCUUGUUUGGUGUACAUAUUCAUCGUCUCCUCGCAAUACCCGCAGGCGAAGUCGACGGACGAGGUUCCAAGACUUGACAACGGGCAGUAUGAUGCGCAGGGCAAGGUGUAUUCGAAGGAGUCCUGGGCUUGCAUGAUGAACAAGCUUUAUCCUCAGUACGAAGGCUCAUGGGCCGGAAAGGCGUGCGACGACAUGACUAUCGCUAGAUAUAUGGCAAUCCCCCUGACUAUCGUUUCUAUCCUUCUAUUAUGCCUUGCCCUCUGGCAAGUUCAAUUAAAGGGUGGAUUGUCCUGGCUCCUCGGCAAGAAGAGAGUGCCAGCGAUGACACAGUCAAAGGACUUCAUCCCAAUGUAGAGUGGAGAUGUCUCUGUACAUCGGCACGAAAAGAGAUACACUAUAUACCAUUAUCACGAAUACCUCGAGUCCGCCGAUACCACUUCUCGUAUAACUUUCGUGCCGUCCCGUGGACUCAAUAAAACUAUAUUACCCCCAAUCAUCUGCCACAUCCCUUCGCUAUGAAAUUAGUGCUGCCCUCAUUAGUGCCGUUUACCAACAGUCCGUAGUCUAGAAAUACCACUUCUUUUGCGCCACUGUAUGUUGCACACCAUAGCCUCUCGCCAUAGUAGCGAGAGCCCAAGGCCGCGCUAUCGCUGCUUUCUAGGACCCUGCGGAGGACUCAGCUUAGUUCGUCGGAAUCCGCCUCAUUGUGUGGUGCUAUGGAGAUUUAGGAUCCACAAGAAAUGAGAUCACUACAACUGGUCCUGAAACCACUCCCUUGAGAUCGACUGGAGAUGCGUCAUUCCAAUCCUCCGCC